AGGAGAGCGGGCAAAACUGUUUUUAUAAAUCUUCUGGCAGCUUUGCAACGUUAUUUUAUAAGCUCCCUCCUGGGGAGCCCGAGUCCCUAGAGCGGGGGAGGGAUCAGGAGGUUCGAUCGCCGAAAAGACCCACUGGCCAAUGGGGAGUGAAGUCAGCGGGGGCGUCGUCCAAAUACCUCCAAUGGGGAGCAGCUUUACUUUUGGCCCUCGCUGGCUCCGCUCUUUCUCCUGUGCCUCUGGGAAAACAAGUGUUUUGAUUUCAAGUGUUUCGUGGAUUCCCAGGCUGACUCUCCAGACCUGUGCAGUCCAGGUAUCCCAUCCACACCCAGACAAUCUGCAGAUGAAAUCCUCUUCAAAGGGUUAAAUGCAAAUGUUCUGAGAAGAGUAAAAUAUUAUCAGAAGACUUCUGGACCUCUUGGCAAAUCCUUAAUCCAAAGGAAUGACCUCUAACAGUGAAAUUUCAAAGCCAAUGGAUAUGACCAAGGUUGCCGUUAUCGGUGCAGGUGUGGUUGGACUCUCCACAGCCGUCUGCAUUUCUGAAUCCAUCCCACAAUGCUCCGUCGAUGUUAUUUCAGAUAAAUUUACACCUGACACCACUAGCGAUGUAGCAGCUGGAAUGCUUAUUCCUCAUGCUUAUCCAGAUACACCAAUUCACCUGCAGAAGCAAUGGUUUCAAGAGACCUUUGACAGAUUGUUUGCAAUCACUAAUUCAUCAGAAGCUAUAGAUGCUGGCAUUCACCUGGUAUCUGGCUGGCAGAUAUAUAGAAGUGUUCCUCACCAAAAGAGGCCCUUCUGGGCUGACACUGUGCUGGGAUUUCGGAAGAUGACUGAAUCAGAAUUGAAGAAAUUUCCACAGCAUGUGUUUGGCCAAGCCUUUACUACUAUGAAAUGUGAAGCCAUCUCCUAUCUGCCAUGGCUGGAAAAAAGGAUAAGAGCAAGUGGAGGCCAAGUCCACGACAGAAAGGUAGAAGAUCUGUGGGAGCUUUAUGGCUCGUAUGAUAUUGUUGCCAAUUGCUCAGGCCUUGGAAGCAGAGACUUAGUAGGUGACUUGCAGAUUUUCCCUGUGAGAGGCCAAGUCCUUAAAGUUCAGGCACCGUGGGUAAAGCAUUUUAUCCGAGAUGGGGAUGGCCAGACCUAUAUUUACCCAGGAGUCUUCAACGUAACACUAGGUGGAACAAGACAAAAAGAUGACUGGAACCUGUCCCCUGAUCCACAGAAUAGUAGAGACAUUCUUGCCAAGUGUUGGGCUCUUGAGCCAUCUCUUCAUGGAGCCUGGGAUAUCAAAGAGAAGGUGGGUUUACGGCCAUCACGGCCAGGAGUGAGACUACAGAAGGAGAUAUUAGUACAAGAUGGACAUCGACUGCCUGUGGUUCACAACUAUGGCCAUGGCGCUGGUGGCUUUGCUGUGCACUGGGGCACUGCUCUCCAGGCUAGUCAGCUGGUCAAGGAAUUAAUCACCAGCUUGAAAAUCUCCACUUCCAGGGCAAAGCUGUAGACAAUAUGAGACUGCAUAUAGCACUGUGUAAUUGGUCACCAGCAAAAGGCUUCAAUCAAAACUUAAGAUGGCGUAGAGUGUGAAAAUUGAAAUCCGAAGACCUGAAUUUGAAGGCUAGUUCAGAUUCUUACAUGGCUAUGUGAUGCUGGAUAAGGCACUUAACCCCUUUGGGCUUCUGCUUCCUCAUUUGUAAAAUAAGGAUAAUAAGAGCACCUACCUCACAAGGUUAUUGUGAGGAUUCAGUGAGAUAACACGUGUAAAGUGCUGCGCAAAUCUUAAAGCAUUAUAUAAAUGUUAGCUAUUAUCAUAAUAGUAAUAAAAAUAAACUGGGAGGUAUAAGCUCACUAAAUGUUUUCAGUACUAUCAUGAUGGAUGGUAGUAGGCAGGACGCAGAUUGAAGAGGGAUUCUCUGGACAGUGAAGUUUUCCAGCUGCUCUUGCUUGUAUAUGAUGUCAGAGAAAUCUGCAUUAAGCCUCAAAAUAUGAUAGAACAUGCUCAGUGCAAUCCAUAAUCAAUUAAAAGAGUUCAGACAUCACAAUCUACAUAGGAAAAAUCAAGUGGAUGAAUACCUAAUGUCUUCAUUGUAUGAAAGCAGCCUAUUGAGUUAAUUAGAACAUUUAUUUAGGUCUGGUAUUGCAAAAUGAAUAAUAAGCUGGGCCCAUAAUUGAAUAAGAGAAUGGUCUGGAUUACAUUUAGGACAUGGUAAUGCUUUUAAUAAUUUCAAGCUGAUCUGUGAUACACACAAAGAUCAUCUUUUUAGCAAGAAUAUUCUCUUUGUUGUACUAUAUCGUUGUGGAAUGUAUCAAUCCGUGAAGAGUCAAAUUUACAAGUGACCCAAAAAGCAAGAGAAAUACACGAAGCAGGUAUAAGUUGGCUUAGACAUAUUACCAACAAUGAUUUGCAUGGAAGAAGAGACAUAAAAGAUACCAUCAUGGAAAUGGAUGGUUGGAAAAGGCCUGGUCAUGUGGUGAGGGGAAAGGGUAACAGAUGGAUUGCCCAAGUGUCACACACCCACAGAAUGUUCAACAAUCUAGAGAAAGGCAUUGAGCAUGUUGGGUAGAGCCUCUUUGGAGGAUUUAUAGGGAGAAAGGAAUAAGACCUGCAUGAGGAAAAAAAGGAGUGAAGGGAUUAUGGCAGUUGAGGGUGCGUAAUCAUCUAUGGCUUUAGAGAUCAAUUGAAAUAUCAUAGCUCUAAAGUCAGAUGGGACAUUAGAGGCCAACCGCUCAUUUUACAGAGGGGGGAAAAUGAGGCUCACAGAAGUGAAGUGACUUGUCCAAGGUCACAGAAGUAGAAAGUGGCAGAGCCAAGUUUUGCAGUCAGGUAUGAGUCCUGUAGGGGUCCCUUCAAGUUAUCAAAUCCUUUCUUGGACACUUACUAGCUGUGUGACUUUGGGCAGGUCUCUGAAACUUUUGAGCCUCAGUUUCCUCA